UGGUGGGCGGUGUCGCGGAGGGCGCGCCCCAAGGAAGGGAGAAAGGAAGGAAGGAAGGGUGGGGAGAGGAAGCUGGAAUUCAACAUGGAGGUUGCAGACUGUUCCUCCGCCGCUGUGGGGAACGGGGACGUGGGGUCCGUGGGGUCCCAACGAGACUUGAGCCUGGUGCCCCAGAGGCUUCAAAAACGCGAGCAAGAGCGGCAGUUGGAGGUGGAAAAGCGGAAGCAGAAGCGGCAGGACCAGGCGGCGGAAGAGGAGCAGAGCGACUUCUUCGCCUCCGCCUUCUCCCGGGAGCGUGCGGCGGUACAGGGGCUGCUGGAAGGCGAGUCGUCGGCGGAGCGGCUGGAGGAGGCGGCGGCCCGGCUGCAGGGGAUGCAGAAGCUGCUUAACGACGCGGUGAGGUUCCUGGCCCCCUACGACCAGCGGCAGAGCCAGGAGGCCCUGACGCAGCUGCAGACGGCCCUGGCCGGGCGGCGCCAAGAGCUGCAGCCCAGGAAGCACUUCGCCUUCAAGGCGCGGAAGAAGGACGCUGCCUCGGCCUCCCAGGGAGGCGCAGCUGCCGUCGCCCCGGCGGCUGAAGGCAUCGCCGCCCCUUCGAUGCCCUUGGAGGAGGCCGGAGCUCCCGGGCUCAGCUGGGCCUGCGGCUUCUCCCACCGCGACUCCCAGGUCUUGGAGAAGAGAGCGGACGAGCUGCGCCAGCGCGACGUCCUCCUGAGCGAUCUGAGCAGCUGCACGGUCCGGCUGUACGGCAACCCCAACACCGUGCGGCUGGCCAGGGCCCGCGGCUGCAAGGUGCUCUGCGGCCCCGUGUCCACCUCCGUGUUCCUGGAGGACUGCAGUGACUGCGUGCUGGCCGUGGCCUGCCAACAGCUCCGCGUGCACACGACCAGGGACACCCGCAUCUUCCUGCAGGUCACCAGCAGAGCCAUCGUAGAAGACUGCAGCGGGAUCCGCCUUGCCCCUUAUACCUGGAGCUACCAGGGCAUCGACAGGGACUUCCAGGGCUCUGGUUUAGACAGGAACAAAAAUAACUGGAGCGAAGUCGACGAUUUCAACUGGCUGGCACGGGAUGUGGCCUCCCCAAACUGGAGUAUUCUUCCAGAAGAGGAGCGAGAGAUCGAGUGGGACUGAGCCGGUGUCCCCUCUGUUCCCCUCUCCUAGCGAUGCUUUCCUGGUGGGAAGGAGGUCGGCCGCUGUAGCCGCAGAGUUGUGUGUUUUCAGUAUUUCAGGCUUGAGGCGGUGAUAGGCUCCUCCUUGGGAUGGCCAUUAAAUUCGUGAUACCCAACACGCCAUUUUGGGAAUGUCUACCAACGUUUCUUUGACUCUGAUCAUUUGAAGCAUAAGGGGAAACAAGUGCAGACGUGUUGGUUUUGAGCGGUAUGUGGUACUUAAAAUUGACCACAGCGCGAGGUAAAAUAGGUCUUCAAUAAAUAUUUAACACGGUAAAAAAAAUACUUAACAAGCAAAGUCAGUUGGGCUGUAGGAACAGCCCGUUGAUACGAGAGUAUGGUACCAAACCUGCGCAAAAACAACAUUCACAGAAGUUUCUUUUUUCAAUAAAGGUUUGACUUACAUAAA